AACCAAUGAAGACAGAAUAUGGACGCGGACGUGUCAUGUGACCAUUCUUGUCCCGCCCACCCACGCUUCCUCAAAUUCGGCGCAUCCCUCACGUUUUAUUCAUUCCUUGACUUGCAGCUCGUCUUGACUAACUGCUCUCUCAACUGGACUGGACCAAACAUCCGCCGUGAAUUAACGAAUAUUAAAGAAAAAAGAACACGAAAACAAUUUCUCUGUCCACAAAUUUAACGAGAGAAAAUAAAUUAAUAACAGAAGUAAAUCGUCCUGCGUCAUAAACCAGAUUGACCAGACACACGAACAUCAUCAUAUUUGAUUUGCGGAGCGAUCGGCACAGAGUAUUUGUCUCUUUCCUCAAAAAAAAAAAAAAACAGAACAAAAUGAAAACCAAAUUUAUCAACGGGGUUUCUUCUUCCCCCUCCAUGUCGCUCGGUUUGUUAGUGACCGAGAACGCCCUGCAGGUCCAGCCUGACACCGAGGAGGAUUGUAAGGAGCUGAUCCACCUUGACCAGCCCGACCUGGACACUCAGCGUAAAGCUUAUCUGUGGUGCAAAGAAUUCCUCCACGGGGCUUGGAAAACCCUGGCUGAAGAUGAUUUCCACAUCUCCAUCAUAAGGUACAUUGUGUUCAUUUAAAUAUUUGAUCAAAAUUAGGCCUUGUUGGUUGUGCGAUGCUGUAGAGUGUACCACUACCAUGAUGUUAAACGGCAGAUAAGAGCGAUAAGAGAAGAAAAAUUGGCUGUAUUAAAUGUUAGUUAGACUCAAAACUACUGUGAUCACGACAGUUAUCCCAAGACUAAACCCAGAGCGGUAGGCCUGUAGCUACUGUGAAGAACACGAAUGAGGACAAUUGAUACUGAGAAGAAGCUACACCAAAAUUUGAUUAUGUCAGUCCCUGUUAACAAAAGGACACACAUGAGGGGAGCAGACUGUCAAUUAAACUCUUUUAAUAAACAAAACAACAACAAAAAACUGUGCUUCUUUCUUUAGUGAUUUCUCCGACCUCCCUUGUAUACACUGAAUUUAUCGUUAUAAUGUUUGUGUAUUUCAAAAAGAUUUCUUUUUACUGUCAACAUUUGGUGUUUUGACACAUUUAAAAGCCAGAAACAUUGGAAAAAUGGUAAAAUGUGUGUUUGCUGUUUUCAUCCUAGUAGCAUCAUCCAUCAAACAAGGCAAAGAAGAACAGGAACAACUGUUUAAAGCUUCAUGGGUUUACAGAACCAAGCUGAGCUGGAGACUAGAGUUCUACUUUUGAUUUUGUUACAGAUGCAUAAUUUUUCUGUUUUCAAAGGUUGCAUAUGAAACCUUUGUAAGCCAGGGGAAAGGAGAAACGUCUGGGAGCAUAAAUCGCAAACUUCAAAUGGAAAACGAUGUAUUUGUGAUGAAUCCUGUUGACUGGGUGUCUGCACGUUUGUCUUUUAGGGGUGGUCUGAGCAACAAGCUUUUCCUGUGCAGUCUCCCUGAAAGCCUGGACACUGUUGGGGAUGAGCCGAGGAGUGUCCUGCUGCGUCUCUAUGGGGCCAUUUUGCAGGUUGGAGCACAUCUCUAAUGCGAUGCCUUUGACAAACAGUUAAAACUUAGUUGAUUUACUGUACAAGCAGACACUUAAAUGUAACCAAGUAAUUCUCAACGACUUCUUGUAUCUGAGAAACGCUCUUAUUUUCUCAGUAGUUUGUUGUGGUUGGUUAUUAAUUAUUGAAGUUAUUAUAGCACACUAGCUGUGUGUAAUUUAAAAAAUAUUUAUCCUGAAUUGCUUUCGAUUAAACUUUUAGGAAGGUUGGCAUCGCCGCCCUUAAUCACACAGUGACUCAUCUUACCUUGGGUCAAAGGUUACUUCAAAGACUUAGUUGAUGAACAGAAUUCUUAGAAGCAGAAGGAAAAUACAAACAUCUGUGAGAUAGAACAAUGCCACUUCACGUUUUUUGUUAUGUGUGUGUGUGUGAGUUUGCAGGUCGUAUGCUUUUAGAGUGUGCACACAUGUGCAUUUAUGUCUUCACGGAUGUAUGUCUGUGUGCGCGUGUUAGCCAUUGUUGUACAUAGUGAUGUACCCCCAUGGCUGUACAUGCAUGUGUUCUUUGCCGUAGGCUUCCCAAAGGAGCGUGCUUUGGGCACUCUUGUUCCCAGUUGAACCCACCCAAAAACACGGUACAGUAUGAGAUCUCUGAAAUCUCAGCCUAAUGAUACAAAGAUGUAACUUACACUCAUUCUGCACAACCUCGGCUUACUGAGUCAGGAGGAUAAAGUAUGGAAGAAAACAAGGUGCUGAAACACCUCUCCUGUCUCUCUUUUCUGCUUUCAACCCUUAUCCCUAAUCUCUGAGAGGUCAGGUGAAUUUCUGAACAAGUGAACAAACACAGGAGACCUGGAAAAAUUUCGCAUGGUGGGAGCUUGCUCAGAAAAGUCAUUAGUCAUCAUGCAUUUUGGCCCGUUGUUGCCUCAAAGUCUGCACAAAAACAGAUAGAUAUUGUAUUUUUUUGCAGGUCCUCAGCACUAGCUGCAAACAUAGAUAGAUAGAGCCUUUGUUUUAUCUCCUGAGAUGAUAUGGCUCGUGUGUCCAGGGUUCAGAAACCAGGCCACCCUCAGGCUGACCCUUGCAAGUACUAAGUGAACAAAAUUCAAGGCUCCUCAGUGAAUUUUCAAAAAAAUGCGCUCAAGGAGAUAUUCUUAUCUUCUGUUGUUUCAUUCUUGGAGGUGUUGUUUUUAGAACAUUUAGUUUGUUUCAGCCUGCUGUGAUAGAUUACAGCUAGCGCCAAAACAAAGAGCUCUAAAAGAGACAGAGGCUACCGUCCUGCUGCUCCCUCAACCUUAAAAUCUGUGGAUCAAAGCUAGAAAAUUUAUUGGUUUUUAUGUUGUGCAUUAACCAGGCAUGAUGAGACCCACAUUACGUAUAAACUAAAGUUAGCAUAAUUGACAACGGCUUUAAACGCAGUUAGCUUUUAUUACUGGAGAUGUCUGAGACAGCAAAAGCACCGUGUCCUUCUCCAAGGUAACUGCAGCACUCUCCAGGUCUAGACUGCUGAAAUUAGUGACGUCUUAUGAAGUGGGAUGUCACUGUCAGUGUACACAGCUACUAAUAACUGAGCAAAGACCUGCAGCACUGAAGACGCUGUUUCUCAGCAAUGGAAAUAUGUUGUUUGAAUAUUGGAUCAUGACUAGCUAAUUGAUUUAUAGACCCCGAUGACUAAAGGGCUCGGAAAUAAUGGAGUUGAAAAGUAAAUCAAUAACAACAGAGGCUUACAGAUAACAAAACAAAUCAUUUAGUAACUUUGUCAGAGUUCAUUAUUGAGCAUUUGAAGGAUAUAUUAGUCUGUAUUGUGUUUUUUAAAGAGUAGUUAGUCACUGACAUACGGAGUUUCAUGCCAAAGUCAGUGUCACUCAAGUUGUCAGAGUGGGCUACUGCUUAUGUUAGCUCAACUUGUUCCCGGCAGAUCAGCUUUUUAAGGCUCAGCAUUCCUUUAGUGUUCAUCACUGGCAGGGUUAGUGUGUGAUUGGCUUUUGGUAUUUACACGGCAAGCAGAAGUGCCAAUGUUUUUCAUCCCCGUCACUGUUUAUUUGGUUUUGUCUGUUAUCCAGUUUAUUUAACCAGAUUUAAUAUGUAUUUUAACUUGGAAUAUCACAUCCAUCAUCAGCAGAUGUUCAGGAGAAUGAGCGAGUGAGUGAGUUUAGAUAGAUCCCUCCUCUUUCAGUCUCAGCACCAUCUGACCUCUUCUUCUGUUCUCUGUUUUCGGCUGUUGUGGUCUCUGAUGGUCACAACCAACCCUCUGUACUUUUGUAUUCAAAAGACUAUUUGAGCUCAUACUGUACUGUCUGCCUGGCAGGAAUGGUUAGGAAUUUGGAUGUUGACUCUUAUGGACGGUUUCACAUGUAUUCAUGGAUAGUUCUUUCCUUUUUCUUUUGUUGAUAGAUGUCCUGUAAUAAAGGGGAUUCCCGACAGUCAAACAAAGAGAAUCACUUCCAAGUAAGUAACUGGUGAUGGUUCCAGCAUAAAGCAUGUUCCUCUGCCCACAGUGUAAGUCACUGUCCAUCCAGUUACCACAACUCUCACUAUUUCAUGUGUCAAACUACAGAUUCAGAUGUUUGGGAUUGCUCUUUUGUUUCGCCAAAGUAUUUGUGAUGCACUUUCUGUUGGAACACGGUCUCUUUCCUGAUCUGUGUAAGGCUUCUAAACUCCCACGGCCAACGGUUGUCUUUCAAACUUAAGAUCUGAGUUGACUCAAACUCGUAACUAACAUGACUAACCCAUGGCACAGCAUGACUUUGAUACAGAAUGCUAACAUCACAAACUUAACCUUGUAGUGUUUUUUUGUUUUUUUUUUACACACAAAAGGCCCUAUUUAAAAACUCGUCAUUUGUCCGGCUUAAACUCAAAAUUCAAAGUUUACAUUCGGGGAGUUGUGUCACAAACACACCAUAAAGCACAAAUCACCAGGUGAUGUUUUUAAUUCCCACCUGACACUGUCGUAGGUUUCACACACAGUCACUGUUGUCUAAACAGCAAGUGAACCUGCUAGGGCUCAUGGGUGCAUUCAGGUGCGAAGGUGGCGCUGACUUGAGAAGGCAGAAAGUGUCGAUGCCACAGAGCACCUGUGAGGAAGUUUGUUUUGUUUUGUUUUAAUUAAAUCUAUUUUGGUGCCCCCCUGAGGACAAAGUACUUUUCUUGUAUUCUACACGCCUUAGCCUCCUCAUAAAAAAUCCCGUCCUGCUGACUUUUUACUGCCAAAUGUUUUAUUUAUCGUUCACUUUUUUAUUAACAGCUAACGCUUCUUUGACGGAAAGUGCACAGAAUGUCAGUCAUCCUUAGAUCUUGACCACGUUGGAGUGUCCUGGGUUUUAAAUAAUCAUUAAAGUCGUGCUGCUGUUGUGUCCUCAUGCGUAAAUGUUCACACCUCUAUCAAUUUGAAAAGUCUCUGAACAACUUAGCAGAAUGGUCAAAAUCCACCUGAUUCUAGGAGUGGACACAUUGAUGAGUCUGUUUCACUCCAUGCUCCUGUCUUAGAUAGUUUUAAUAGGAACCAGCAUGUGUGUAUCGACUCAAUCAAGUAAUAUUCCAUUUGAGAUAAGACUUAUACUCUGUGACCUAGAAAUUGACUUUCCUUGCACCACCUCAUGUGAUCACAGCUCUUGACCUCGUCCUGAUGAAGCUGACUCACAGCUCAUGUGACCGAGUGAGAGCAUCAGUUUAUACAAGAGUGUUGCCCUCAUCUACACUGAUUGUCCACAACAGCUUUCCUUACUUCGAAUCCAACCUUCAGGUUAGCAGUAAGGCUAACCUAAUUAUGACCUGGUGUCAGUGUCUGAGGAACUCAAUGCAAGUGGGCUACAAGGCUGUCUGGUCAUGGGAAAUCCCAUUUGGAUUAGGUAAGGAAGACACAGUGUUAACCCUUGUUGGGGGUUUUCACCUUUCAUAGCAGCACAGAUGAAAACAUGUCAGACAAACUGCUAAUAGAAAAAGAAAGAAGACUGUACAGGGAUCAAGGCUGAGAUGUGUUAAUCGGAGUGGAAAAACACGGAGCUGUGCCUGAGAUAUGCUCUGCCUUCACUGACAGGCUCUUGCAGAUUGUUGUAAAUUUAGGGGAAUUCAACACAGGGAUAAGACUACAGGAGAGACUGGGAAAUGACAACAGCUAUGUUUUGAACAACUUGCACAUGAUGAGCUGACUGAAUGUGCAUUACGCAUCAUUAAAAGCAAAUAUACAGAGAGCUGGAGAUCCACUGCUCCUUAAUGUUUUCUUUUGGACUGGAUCAAAUUAGUGACCUCUAGUUCUUUCACUGUCAAAUAUUUAUGAGAAGUAAUUUCACUCUGACAAACAGAUUUUUAAAUCGUUCUGCUUUUUUGUGUUUGCUUUUAAUGCACGUGAACUCGGGGAGACCCAGUGAGUCAGCUCUGUUGGCCUACAGUGAACCUUGUUUGAUUUCCUCUGACCUAUUUUUGAUGCCAGUAUUUGCUGGAGCGAUCUGUUUCAUGUGGCCCACUUUCUCGGGCAGAGGUCUUCCUUUCCUUUAAAAGUUAAUUAUCUACAAGUCUUAGAAGUUCAGCCAGCUCGCCCUUCAUACACAGGGAAAUUAUAUGCAUUCCUAGCAGGCACCUCCCUCUUACUAUUUCCUGUUUUUGACAGGAAACAGAAACUUCCCAUGAUUAGCCUGAAUAUCCUUGAGCAGGAGUUUCAACAUUUAUGUCUAUUUAGUGUAGAUUACAGUAAAAUAGGCAAAGUCUUGUGAGAUCUUUUCUUCUGAAAAUGAUUUGAUCUAUUGACAGACGUGCCCUAUAUCAGUACUGCUCCUCAGCUUAUGUGGGAUAUGUGGGGAUGGCCUUGGAGUGAAGCAGCAGGUGUAGAGUGAGCUGCUCACAGCUGCUGCUCUAACCUCAAUACUUAUCUGCUGUGUCAUGACCCAGGAAAUCCAACUAAACUGGACUACUAGGACAAUGUAGCAACUAAAGAACUUAGGGCUUGAGUGAAUAAUCACUCAGCCACCAACACAAGCCUAAUAUUACAGACGCCAAAAUAAAACAACAAGUGCAGUUCAGUGGCAGUUAGCUAAUUUGAUAAAUUAACUAAAAAAAAAAACCAUAUAGUGUAUUUUAUUAUCGACCAAUUUAUGGUUGGACUGUGCUGGUGUCAGACUGGACUAUGCUACCAAACAGCAGCAGAUUUUUUUGAGAGUACAAUCGUCUGUGUGAAGACAUAAUGAGAGAUAAUGGGGGAUAGAUGUCUAUUUGAAAGCCAAAAAUGUCCAAAGACCGUCUAUUUGUUGGCAUCAAUUCAACACCGUGACAUAGUCAGGCAUGUUUCUGUAACUGCAGAGGUAACAGUAUUUUUAUGACUAUGUUCAUUACUUAUCAGGAGUGGACAAAGUGCACAGCGUCAGCUCUUGAGUCAAAAUAUAGAUAAAAUAGGAAAUGUAGAUAUUUUAGGUCAAAUUUUUGUCAAUACAAAUUUUAAUCAGUUAAUGCGUUACUUGAUUUAAAAAAUGCAUUUCUAUUAACACAACUUAAAGAACUUUUCAAUAAUUGUAUUUUCACAGAUGAAUGCUAUCAGAAUGACAUCAGUGCACAUACGACUGUGUUAUAUUCAUAUUUACACUUUUUAAAACCUACUUGCGAUGCUACAGAUUUACAGAUUUCUAUCUUAAACCAAUAGGGACAAUAAAAAAGAACAACCAAACCAAUCCUAAAUAUAAAAUCUGCAUUUAAGGUACUACAAGCACAAAAAUGUUGAUCUGGAGUAAAACCAAUGUUGAGCUUCAAAUCUCAACAUGCUUUUUCAGGUUCAGAUGUGAUUAUUGGCAGGCCAUGAUGAAGUUUUGGGUGACAAAAGGAAUGAACAAACACGGGGCUUUAGCUUCACUGUUUUCCACCACCUUCUUUAUUAAUAUUAUGUAAACCUUAAUAUCUGCUCAGGAAAUAUGAUAUUUCUUUGGUCUAUUGUGACACAUGGAGCAAAAUUCUUUGUCCUCUCUGAUAAAUAGAAAUACACGAACAUAAUUUCAGUCCAGAAUGAACUAUCUGACCAACAGCACUGCAUCUAAUCCAAUAAAACUACUUGUUUCCUCCAACACUGCAGCUUUAAAUCAUGCCCUGAAGAAUACAAUCAGCACUGUUUAGUUGAAACUUUUCUAAAUCCCUGUCCUGAUGAUAGCAGUCAGACAAGAUAAGAUAUACUUUUCUAUUCUUGAAGGACUUUUUUUCCCGCUGAACUCAGUUCAUAAAUCUCACAGACGAUAAAAAUAGAACAUAUGGAUUAAAAUAAACACGAGAUCUUAUGACAAGUCUACAGUCCACGUAUCUGCGUGCCCCAGAUACGGGUCAGUGUGGGUCACAGUAAGAUGAUCUAAUAGUUGACUCACUGAAAUAUUGUAAGGGCUGUGAUACAUCCAGUAGGCAAGCCAAGCAGGAUUAUGAGUAAGCAGAGAGCUGAUUUGUCGUCAGAUGCAUGUGUUACAAGAUGAUUAUGGUAAUGUGCAUACCUCAGAAAGGAGAUUUCAAGUUACAUGUGUUCAGAGCUCUGCAGAUAAGACAUUAUGUAACUGAGGGGAAUAUUCUCUGAACAAAUGAAGCUGACUAUGUGUCAAAAAACAAAAGCAGAAUUAAAAAGUAAAAUGUACAAAUAACUAAAAACAAACCAUAAACCACUAAAACAGGAGCCGAGUCUCAUGCAGGGUUAAAAGCCAAUAAAUAACCUGCAAAUCCAAGAACUCACAAAGAUUCCCUGCCUCACUUAUUGAUCAUGUGCUGAGGAGAAGAGCAAAAUGAACAUCGCUAACCAAGUAAAACUGUGUUUCUCUGUAUUUUUAUUCCAAUCAUUGAUGGAGAUCUUAAAGUGUACGGGCAAAGUGGAGGAAGCCAUCAAGCUUUUUCAUCUGGUUGUGAUGAAUUGAUUUUAAUGGCUCCUCACAGAACUGCCUCAGCCUUACUGUUGGUACUUCCUCUCAUUUGUCACAAUGUUUUAUUUACUGACAGCUGUGGGGAAAAUAAUAUAAUUCCCAACUUUAGCUCCAAAAGGUAUGAGAAGUUGCAUCAAAAUUCCUGCUUUGUGUCUUUAUUUUAUAUAAAUAAGAAACUUAAUGUGUGUCCAACACUGAGAAGUAGUCACUAUAUUCCCCCCAAACCCUGUCUCCUUCAGUUAAAGUUCCUCACUGACCCGUGCAGGGACCAUAAUAGUGAGGAAUGGGCUUGGAGCCAAAUCCAGAAUAAAAGUCUGACAUCCAAGAGGCUACAAAACAGCCAACAGUGUUUCCUUUGAGCCAACUUCCUGCUGAACAGUCACCGUGGAGCACAUUCCCUGGCACCAAGCCAAAGACCCCAGCUCCCACGUCCAGCUCUCUGUCCCUGCAGCAGUUUAUCAGAGGACGGUUCACUUAAGAGGGUGAAAAUAGCCAAAUGUUUUACUGUUAUCUGUGGCAGCUUCUGAAGGUUACGGUGAAAUGCAGUGUAGUGUUGGCUUAAAUGUCAUAGAAGACUGAAACUGGGGCAGAGUGUGUGAUUUGUGAAUACACUCAGGUUGUUUAUAUUCAACAGACGUCGGGCAGAGUGAGCAUGACAACUCGAUGUGUUCCAGGAGAAAGAGGGAACCUUUGAAACCAAGUCAUUUUGUUUUCAGUGACCUUUGUCACACUUCCUCCUGGAAAUGCUAGAAGACAUACAACUGCACUAUCCAGAGUUUCCUGUUCUGUUGGUGACUUUGCCUAAAGGCUUGUCAAUUUGUUCAGAUAUCCCCCUCCUCUGCUAAUUAGCUCUCGUCUGUUUGGUGAGAAACCUGUUUUUUUUUCCUCUCUUCUCAGCACAAUAGAGUAAAGAAGAAAUAAGUUGGUAAGAAGCCAGCGCUCAUCUGUAGAGUUCCAGGCUCCAGGACUGGAGUUUGUGUUCCCAUUUAACCUUGAGUCCCCUGUUGGGCUUCAGGCCCGAGUGUGUUGCUGUGUGAGUUUGGUGUGUCUCCAAGAUAAAGAAAGCAAAGACAAGGCCAUCUGCUUCAACAGUGACUCGCUCCCUGAGUGGGCCAGCUCUUACUGGAAACUCUUAAUCUACCUCUUGUGUCCCCUUCAACGCUCUGACAGGCAAACUCAGCUCACCCCAACCAUGGCAUUCCUCCUCUUUUAGACUCCCUCAUCCUUGGCAUCCUCUAAAGACCCUUUCUUACUUACCCUUUAUUUUUUAUUUUUUUUAUCCUGAUCACAUUAUUCAGCAUUUGCAGUGUUGUACCAUAAGAAAAUCUGUUGGAGUAACCGGGUUUCUUGCAAAAGCCACAAACUCAGCACAAUAAUUCAUCUUAAUUCACUUAAAAAAGAAAUGUCCCUAUGGAAACUUACCAAUACCAAUACUUACCAAUACUGUUAGGUCCGGUGCUGCAGUCAACUCUAUUCUAGUUAGAUUGCAUUUGACACUUAUAUAUAAUGGCUGAAUGAAACAGAGAUCAAGUGUGAGAUGUAAACAAAAAAAAAAAUUUCUCAUCUUGCUCUGUAAGAGUUUUGACAGAAAAGCUGGUAAGAGUCCAACCGUGGAGGCUGAGACACUGUCAGGUGGUUUGAAAAGUGCAGAGUUGAAGAAAUACAGUAGUCGAAUCAUAAACAACUACAGCUAACUCUUGCUCCUUUUGGGUUCUUCAUCACUAACAAGUUUGACAAAAAGUUUCUCAUCCAGUUGACAAAUGUGAGAAUCAAACAAAGACCACUGAAAGUACUUUUGUCUGUCUCUGUAGGCUUAAACUGAGAUGUUUACCAGAGAUAUAUUCACUGUAAUAAAGAACUGUCACAGAUUUACUGUCUAACAGGAUCCAACAGGACCCCAAAUCAUGACGGACUAACCGAAUCUCACUCAUGUUUUCAGACUUUGUGACCAGAGAAAGUUUUUUUUUUUUUUUAUGAUAUAAUGUAUAUAUAUAUAUAUAUAUUCUUCCUCUCACUGCAGUUCACUGCACCGAUGGAUAUUUGUGGAAGUGUGGUUAGUACUUUUCUCAUUAUAAAAAUGAAGUGCUCUUAUUUUUCUCUCUGUUGUGUGCUUUUAGGGGGCAGAGGCCAUGGUGUUGGAGAGUGUGAUGUUUGCAAUCCUAGCAGAGAGGGAGCUGGGACCCAAACUCUACGGCAUUUUCCCUCAGGGACGACUGGAGCAGUAUGUCCCUGUAAGUCUCCAUGUCAUUAUUUGUGUGUGUGCUGGUGUCAAAUAUUGGGAUUUAGUAUUAACACAAACAAAUGCGCCAACCGUCCUGCCAAGUUCUGGCUCUCAUGAAAAAUUGGAACAAAUGUGCUGAACAUGUGACUCCAAAAGGCUGAUAGAGGCCAGAAAGCUAAAUCAAUAUCUUCUUCAGUCAAAGCUAGUUUCAUCCUAUAUUUUAGAAAAACACUCACAGCUGACUAUCUUAUUUUUUUUCAAAUUAUUUGUUCAAGUUUAUUUUUAAGAUGAAAGUUGAAAAUAGAAAUCUGUUAGUGAGGGUGCAUUACAAAUGGAUAAAAAUAAAUGUAUUCAAACAAAGCUAUUUUGUUCCUCUGACUUUAAAAACCGUCUCAAAACUACAGUUACUGGAUACAUUUGAAAUAUAUAUGAAUCAUUGUGUUGACAGAGCCGUAAACUGGACACCUGUGAGCUGAGUGACCCCAGCAUCUCAGCAGAGGUAGCAGAGAAGAUGGCUAAAUUUCAUGGGAUGAGGAUGCCUUUCAACAAGGAGCCCAAGUGGCUGUUUGGAACGAUGGACAAGUGAGUCUUGUGUCUCAUCUUUGGAGUGUAAUCUGGUUCAGACAUAUUUGCUACAGAAAUAUAGUUUUAAAGAGAGUCUGAGAUAAGAGCCAGAGCACACUGGAAACUUGUUCUAGGGUCGGAAACUGAAGGUCUUGAGUGCAGAGAUAACAACUUGCAACACUGAUUACUUACCCAAGAGUACAAAAUGACAGUUAGCUUAUCAUAAUGUACAUGUGUUUGAAUUGCUUUGAAGUUCAGGAAUAUGUUUACAUUACACAACGUCUGUCUUCGUGUGAUGAUAAAGUCCAUUUCCCUGUUUGUGUCGUGUCUGUUAAGGUAGAGAACUGCUUUAUCACCCAGGAUUACGUGUAACAAACAUGACUUAUCUGCCCCGUGAUUGUAAAUUUCCACGUCAGACAGGUUGGUAAAUACGUAAACCUACAGAAUGUCUGUGACAGGGGAGGGCAUUCAGGUUAUCAAACGUACUGUAUGUCUAGUGCUUCAUUGUUCAAAAAUCUUACUAUUUAAAACAUGAUUACGGGCGUUUCUACCUCUGUUAUGCAUCUUUCUUGGCAAAGAAUAUCAACUAGCUUUUUUGAGAUUUUUACCUCCGCCAAGGAGGUUAUGUUUUCGGUAGUGUUGGUUUGUUUGUUUGUCUGUUAGCAACUUUACGGAGAAAGUAACAGACGGAUUGACCUGAAAUUUUCACCAGAGGAUCCCAUUACAUUUUGGUGCUGAUCUGGACAAAAUUCUGGAUACUGUGAUCCAGAACACAUAAAAAUAAGGGUGUCGUUGAAAUUUUCAAUGCUGAAAGAUAAUCAAUGGGUGGCAGAGUGGUGUAGAUGGGUGGUACAGUGGUGUAGUGGUUAGCACUGUCGCUUCACAACCAGAAGGUUGUGGGUUCGAACUCGGUCAGGGCAUUUCUUGUUUAAGGGGGGACAUAAGCUGCUUGGCGGAGGUCUGCGCUCUCCCAGUGCCUUUCUAGUUUUUUUGGCAACCCAGCUGCUGACAGGUGGAUGUUUGAACAGCACUUGAAAAGAAAAGCAAACAGUAUCCAGUUUCUUGUUAUCUCUAUUCUAUGACAUUUUAAGCUGAGACAAGAGAGAGACUUGUGUGCGGACUGUGGUGCUAAAAGGUCAAAACAAGCACACAAAAAAAAUAGUUCUGAGCUUCAGUAACUCUUUCAAGGAAAUAACAAGGUCACUAUUUGAUCAUCGGAGAAAUAAAAGGUCUAAAUAAGCUCAGUCGAUUGAUUUUUAUUUGCAAAAAAAAGUUUAUGAGUUUGAACAUUGACUAUCUUGUCUUUGUAGCGUAUUCAGUUGAAUUUAAGUUAGAAAGGAUUCGCAAAUCAUUGUAUUCUGUUUUUAUUUACGAAUUGGGUUUUGUGUUAAAAGUGUGUCUUGAGUAAAGUUGUUGCCUCGCCUCAAUAAGAGGAGAGAUCUUCCUGACCAGUUGGUGCUUCUGAGAAAUCACAGAUCCUCUUUUGGCUCUUUCACUUCUCUUCUUUGACACUAAACAUACAUUUGUUUACCAAAGAACUUCGGCUGUAAUUAGUGCAACUUUAUUUCCAUUUGAUUCAGUACAGCAGCAGCUUUUAGUCCAAAACCAAGAGUUUGUUCUAUGAAAUCUGACUCUUACUUUUGUAGUCCAGGUUUAACACAGUCCACAUUAAAGAGACAAAUAUAUUUGUAUAAGCUCUCACAAGGUCAUCCUAACCUCGGAAUCACUAUCACCAAUGUCAAGUUAUCCACUAAUCUUUGAGUCACGGUGACAUGAAAAUGGAUCUGACCUAUAAGUAAGCCAUUUUGACUCUCCAACACACGUGUUUUUGUCAUUGAGGAAGUGUGGAAUAAAUGUGGUUGUCUCUCUAACCAGGUACCUGAACCAAGUCAUGAGGCUGAACUUUACCAGAGAGUCCCACCUGCGCCGCUUCAACCGCCUGCUCAGCUACAACCUGCCACAGGAGAUGGAUAUGCUCAAGUAUGUUAGACACACACACACACACACACACACACACACACACACACACACACACACACACACACACACACACACACACAUCCUGUGUUGACUGGCUCACACAUAAAACACGUGUGGAAUUCUAAACAUGACAUUACGUAACAGAAUGUGCAGCAUCGGGAGGUCCUCCGAUGUUUACCACCCAAAAAGCCCGGAUCAACCUAUAAAGACUAAAUCCAGUGUAAACCAAACAGCAGGGCGGGUGGUAAAGGAACAACAAGCUAUGUACAGUUUGUACUUUUUCAAUAAUUCAGUCUCAAGCACAAGUUUAUACUUUAACACUGUAAAUGUUUGAUAUAAAGCCAGUGUCGUUUUUCCGACUUCUUCUUAACUUCUUGUUUUUUUGUUUUUUAACUGGGAAACGUUUUCUCUGUUUGGCAAAUAUUUUUAAAAGAGUGAAACUGAGAAAUGGACUUUGAAUCUCUUGUUACUUUAUUAAAGUGUUGGGUGUGUUUGGGGUCAGUUAAUGAGGAUGCAUUUCAACUUGAACCCGGUCUUUAAGCCCAGUUUAUUGACCAUUCUCCUUGUCUUUGUGAAGGUGUCUGCUGGAGUCGACCCACUCUCCUGUAGUCUUCUGCCACAACGACUGUCAAGAAGGUAUCACAUUCAAGCUAUAUUUUGACCUGUCCUUUAUUUUCUUAUAAAACUAACCCUGCCUUGCCUAUUUAAUAUCAUGUCUUUGGACUUUUACUUCUCCCGAAUGGCCCUUGUUUCAUUUUUUGCCUCUGUCUAAGCGUUUUCAUAACCUUCAAGCUUUUCAAGUGUUUACCAAGUUUACAAAGCCGUAUGAUCUUGGCCAGUCUCAGAGACCCUAGUGGGAUGACUAAUCUGCAGGGCCUAACUCUGGAUGUGAAUGUAAACCUUUUCUGAAAACAUGAUGUUUGUAAAAACUUUAGUUUCUUUUUUUUCCCUGAAACUGUAAAAAUGUCUCCUGGAUAAGAAGUAACCAGUUGUGUGCUGCUUUCAGGGAACGUCCUGCUGCUGAGGGGUCGCCAGAGCUCAGACAAACAGAAGCUGAUGCUGAUUGACUUUGAAUACAGCAGCUACAAUUACAGGUAAGUUAGCGGACAGAUUGAAGACAGAUGUAAUGAAUUUAUUCUAACAUCCAGCAAGAUCUGUGUGGUCAAAGCCGUUAUCCAAAAACAUCUAAAUUCGUCAGUGUCAUUAAGUCCCGCUGUUGUCCAAAAGCCACAGAAUGAACCGUCAGUAGUUCCCUCAUCUGGCCCAGGAACCAAAAUCCUUCUGCAUGUCUCUCUUUUCCGCCUGGUUCCUUCUUCUUCUGCCUGUUGCACAGCUGAGCUCUAAGGAGGAGAUGAUUAAGGCCCGAACUACACGUAUAUAGAUAUUUAUUUAUCAGGAUAUUUUUGUACUCCCGUCUAAAUAAAUGUAUCUGUCCACACGUGUUAUUUCUCAAAAAUAUCUGCGUCCACACGUAGCCUUCAAACUCAAUCCUAUCUGGUGCCGCUUAAAAAAAAUUCAGGAACAAAGCUACCUGAUUGGCCGAUGAAUCGUAACAGCGUGAUGCGUCAUGCAUUGUUUGCGUAAGCUACGCUAGUGCGUCGGGUCCAUGUGACGGUGUGGCGGCUAUAACAAAGCACUCCACUUGUUUUUUCGGAUUCAGAUUUAUCCAGUUUGAGUGUUCCAAACUCCUGUUUUGGUGUGGUAGGGAGGCCUAAUCGGACAUAAAUAUGUGCGGUUUGAAAUAUAUCCACAUUUGUGUAGUUGGGACCUUAGGGAAAGGAGUGUUUUUUUUUUCUCAUUUCCUUCCUUUCUUCUCCCCUAAAUAGGUUUUCUUUGUUUUCUCUCCUAACAGGUGAAGAUAGUUGUAUGUUUGGUUAUUUAGUUACGUAAGUUUGGGUCAGAGAUAGCUGGUGGUCCUGCAGUCACAACAUUUGUAUGAUUGGGUUUAGUUUUUUGUCCUCAGUUAGUAAAAGGGGUAGUGCUUGGAGUUACAGUCAGUUGAUUUACUCUCUAAUUUGUUUUCUUCACUUCUGAACAUUUUUGGAAAUCUCUUUUAUAAAGUCGUCUUUCAGUGGCCACAAACAGAUAACAGCUGAUAACACUACUCAGAUGGUACAUCAGUGUGUCACUCCAUUUUUAUUCGAAACUCUCUAGACCAACAGACAUGUAAGAUAAAUACCUAUUAGCUGCGAAUGCUGAGUCACUGCCUUUCCUCCAACACAUCUUAGUGCUCAAUGUAUGUUGGGGGUUGGUGUGUGUGAGAGAGAGAGAGAGAGAGAAUGUGGGAGGGAUGGGGUAACAGGCAGCCCAACCUCACGGCAACAGCACCCUCUUGAAUUAUUUACUGCUGCUGUUAUGUAACCAGAAUUUGUUCAGCUCAUGAAGAUGCACAGGAUGGAGGUAAUGGUGGGGUGCAGUGGAUAUCCAACAAGCUUAGAAAUCAACCGAAACAUAAUGAAGGAAUAAUGACUUUUGUGACAGAAGAGCAUGUCUUCCAUGCACCUUCGUAUGGGGGACUCUAAAUGCAUUCAUGCCUGGGUGUGUGGAUUCCUGAGCAGUUCAUUUCUGGGAAACAGCACACUUCACACUGGCCUUGGGUCACAGUUUUUUCCCAGACAAACCCUGUCUCCGCCUCUUUCACUCCCUCUCUCACACACGGCGAAACAGAAACUCCUGCAGCUUUUUUUUUUUUUUUUUUAAGCGUGGCCCCUUUAAGGCUCCUCAUAUGUUGCUCAGCAAACACGUGACCCUGUGAACACAAAUGGCCCGCUUCACGUAAACACACCAAGCAUGUGAGCGUGUGUUCCAUGAUGUAUAUCCGGGAAGGGCACACACACACACACACACACACGCACACACACACACACACACACACGAACUGUGGAUUGUGAUUCCACUAACUGAAUACGAUGUAGACACAGAGGUGGGUGAGUUAGGGUCACAGGCUUCCUUUUUUGAGAGCAGGACGUUUUGUAUGGGAGAGAAUUCGUAGAACUGCAAUCGAGCAGCAAAAGUCGUUCUUGUCACCUCAAACUCGUGUUAUCCUGAACAAACAAAACUUAAAAAAUGGACUAAUGCAGGGCUUAAAGAAAACCAGCUAGACCUCAUCAGGUACACAAACAGGACAGUUAGACAAACUGCAGCACACACUUGAGAUGUCAGCAAAUAAAUGUGUCCUUUUACAGAAAAGCAUCCUUCAUCACCAUCUGUACAUUUUUCUUUUCCUUCCUGCGACUUUGCAGAGGCUUUGAUAUCGGCAACCAUUUCUGUGAAUGGAUGUACGACUACAACUGUGAUGAGUUUCCUUUCUUCAAAGUCGACGCUCAGUCCUACCCAUCCAAGGCCCAACAGGUGUGUGGAAUAUGUCAACAAACUGAUACACUACUUAUUCAGUUCACUUGUUGACCAUUUACGAGUGUGAAUUUGUGCCACUUUUCCAGCUCCACUUCAUUGAAAGCUACCUGCGUGAAUCUGACCAAGGGUUUGACAACCUGAGCGCGGAGGACCAAAUGACGCUGAAGGAGCAGCUGUACGUAGAGGUCAACAGGUGAGCACAGAUGUCGGUAUAAACCAGGGGUGUCAAACUCAACCACAGCAAGGGCCAUAAUCUGGAUUUAGGUCUAACCUGAGGGCCAAACAGGGUCAACAUUACACCCAAACUGUCAGCCUCCUUUUCAAAAAAUAUGCAAAACAAAAACAGCAAUGAUUAUAAAACAUUUGGAAAUUCAAAAAAGAUAAGUUUAAAGGCGAUGUGAGAUAGAAAAAAUAUUUUAUUUUUUACUCUAUUUUAUUUAUUAGUUCAAACGAUCAGAGCAUGAUAUUAAAAACAGAAAAAUACAUGAGGAGAACAUUGAAAUCAGGUAUAAAAGGUCAAAAUAUGACUUAAAAUUUAAAAUUGGAAUCUAAAGUAGAAAAAUGACACAAGUCUAAGUACUGAAUUGAACAAAAUCAACGCAUGAUAUAAAAAUUCCAAUCAUGUUUGAUUUGUAAUCUUGAAAUGCAAAAUUAAAAACAUGAAAUAAAACAAAUAUUUUUUCCCCACAUUUAUGAUUAUUUAUCAAAUCUUCCUUACUCUUUAAUUUCCUAGAUUUUCGUGGCUUAUAAAGGACAUUUUAAAUAAUGGUGCUAAAGUUUAAUAUUAUACUUGAGGAAAUCUGCAGACUUCAUACUGGUGGGCCAAUAAUAAUACAAAUAUGAUAUGAUCUCUGGGCCAGAUGUAACUGUUCCACAGGCCAGAUUUGGCCCACGGGCCUUGAGUUUGACACCUGUGGUGUAAACGGACACAUUAAGAGAUAAAACUAAAAAAAAAAAAGAAAGAAAAAAACAAUGAGAAUGACAAAAAAUGUGAUUGUGCGUUUGUGGAUAUAGGUUCUCUCUUGCGUCCCACUUCUUUUGGGGGUUGUGGUCCAUUAUCCAGGCCCGGCUCUCCACCAUCCAGUUUGGGUAUCUGGUGAGUGAAGUUUUUGACAUUACUUUUCCUACUUAGUGUAUUUUACGACUUCAGUGUUCAAAUUAGAAAAGAAAAUAUUUCCUCAAGGCAACUGGUAAAAAGCAAAUAGUCUUAUCUUGAAGAGUGAUGCUGCGCCAGUAUUUACUGUGUGGAGACAGUCGGGUCAGGCCGGUUUGACAAGAUAAGACAGACCCCUGUGCAGCAGGCUGUCUCUGUCACAAUAACAGAUAGACAUCACAUGGGUGUCUGAUAAAGCCAGUGUGUGGCCUGACCUAAAUGAUUCAUCCAGCUGUGGGUGAAAUAAUGUUUGUUGUAUGAAUGCAGAUAUGAAGGAGAAUGACUUCAUGUCUGAGUCAAUUUGAUAACCCAGUAUACAUCCUCUUGGUGGGUUCAAGGGUCAAAGACAGCAUGAUCAUGAUUUCGUAAAGGUGUUCUCUUUUAAGGUUAAAAAGAAAAAAAAAAGCAUACGGGUACGUUUUUAUUACUGUAGUCUAAAAAAAAAAAACAUUGUCAAACCACUUUUACUAAAAGUAACUGUACAGAAUUUUUUUUAAAAUAUAAUUUUUGCCUAUUUUGUUAUUUUAGUUAUUAUUGUCAUUAUUUUGACUUGAUUUUCAUGAUUAACAUCCUACUCAAUACCAUGAUGGCUGCUUCCUCAACACUGUUAAAAGCUGUGUUUUUUAUGGUGUUUUUUAGCUAUUAGUUAUUUAGUAAUGUCAUCAACCUGAAUGUAGCGUCAUUUCAGCUCUGACUUUUGAGGUAAAUGGAACCCACCAUCAUUUCUUCCUUUCCUUUCCUCUUUUAAAUAAUGAAAUUAUCAGUAAAAACUGACAGUUUUUUUUUAUUUAUUUAUUUUUUACCAGAGCUGUUUAUCUGUUUAUUUUAAGAGUCCUAUUACUUGUCAUUAAAGGUGAUUUAAAGGGCAUAUCUAUAAUAAAUUUGUCUACAUUGUAGGAGUACGCCCAGGCCAGAUUUGACGCCUACUUCCAGCUUAAGAAGAUAUGGGCUGUCUAAUAAAGCGAGGAUUUUGGAUGAAUCGACAGCACAUCCAGCCAGACGGCAGAAGGAGGAAAUGCAGUCGGAUGAAGAUUCUGGGAUCCACGCUUUACUUCUAUUUCCUGCUUCGAGAGGAUUUGCUGGCCAUUCUUGGUGAUGUGUUGACCAAAGCCAAAGCUUUACUGUGUGGCUAGUUGCUGAAUCCUUUGCAGCUCAAAGUUUACUCUGCAUAAUUUCUUGAGAGCCAAAAAUAGAUAAAAAACCAUCGACUUGUACUAACCUUCAUCACUGGUCUGAAGUGCUCUCUGCUUUUUCCUCAUUGAAACCAGAUCACUUACAGAGCAUUAGGGAGGUGUAUUUCGGUUACAGCUAGACUGGAAAAGUAACAUUGCAUCAAUGUUUGGGUAUUGAUCAUUCCCGUACAGAAAUGCUCUGAUGGAAAGAACCAAAAUGUGAACUUUAUUGGUAUACUCCUCCUUAUGGAAGUAGCCAGCUAUGUAUAUUAUUUAUGGAUCUUAAAGUGCCAGUAACCUGGUUCCAUCUGUUACUGGUGGGCUGACUUGUUGACAGGUGGAAUCACAACUUGAUUGACAGGUCACGUUGAGUUUUAAAUGGGUGUUCUUAGUAUUUCUUCAGGCCAGGGCUGAUCCAGUUGUGUUGUACUUUCAAAUAUGUUUAUCACACAUUUCCUUGAAGUAUUACUGGGGCCUUUUUUUGUGGAUGUCUUGAAAUACUACAUUUAUAUUGAUCAGUGCUGAAUUUGCUAAAAAAUAUUUCUACUGACAGAUGUCUGGCUAGUUUAAGUAGGUCCAGUUUACAUAUUUGGUGUUACCAAUUUCAAUGUCCGAUCCAGCCCUAAAUAGACAUUCCAGUUUAGCAUGACAAAUUGUAACUGCCUUCACUCCCAUUUUAGCCUUGUAGCUCAAGUUGUAGCUGAUCAAUAACUGUGUUUAUCUGUAUGAAGUGGCUGAUAAUAUAUCUGUGAAGAAGACCAGUAUUUAAAAAAGAUCUGAGUCACUGGUGUCAGAUCCACUUUCAAACACACAGGCUUUUAUUAUGGCUGUAGUUUGCUCCAGGAUGGUGAGACUUUGUCGUACUACUGUUCAUUUCACAUGAGGCUUAAGCACUGGAACAGAGGAGCACUGUGGCUGUGGCUGACUGCUGGCAGGUUUACCUCCAAUUCUGCUUCCUUUGUAGUUGUUUACAGGAGACGCAGAGUAUGAGUGAUGCUGUCACAUACACACAGAUCCAUAUCAAUCAUUCAGUUGCCUGAACUUCGCCUUCUUAUGAAAUGUUGACUUUAGAGAUUAUUUUCUCUUAGACUUCUUCCAUGAGCUCAUCAAGCCUGUGUUGUACAUGUGAAUACUAAUUGACUGGACCUGACUUUAAGUAGACAGCACCUGCUGAUGAACAUACUGACAUGAUGGGAUGUUUCCAGAACUGAAAUAGUAAGUAAGUUUUUUAAAAGCUGCAGCUUAACUUUGAUGGCGUCCAAUUACAGAGAGGGGAAAAUAUUAGACAGACUGUACCAUGUACUAUGGUUUUCACCAAGGUUCAAAACAGAAAAACUAUUGUAAAGUAAUUUUCUUUUGAUCCGCUGGUCGAGUUUUUGAGGGACAUAAGAAUUGUUGUUUUGGCACCAAAGCAGACACUUAAUCUUAUGCACAUUUUUAGCACUUUUCUUGUAUGUAGGAAUACAACAUCAUUCUCCCAAGUCUUAAAAUGCUGAGUGUUGUACUUACUACAACCACAUACCUACACGCAGAGACAUCAAUGACCAGUUGCAGGCGCUAUGCAAUGUUUAGACAGUUACUAUUUGGAGUGGGACGCAAUUAAAAAGUGAUCUAUUUCAGUUAAGACAGUAUUGAAUAAGUUUGGAAAUAUGCUUUAUUUAUUUUGCUGUGGAGAGAUUUCUCAAACUGGACUGUUUGACAGUGCUGCUGAAAAAACAGCCAACAAAUUUUGACAUCCAUAUCCACUUGCUUCACUGGUUAAUUGUAGCAGAUGUACACAUCUGGUUAUUUUCUAUGUUUACCUGACCUUUACUUAUGUGAUUGUUGAAGUGUUACCUCAUAUUUUUUGUGAAAAAUGAGAAACACAGUACUAUGGAGUGUACACAGCUCUGAGGGAACUUAGCUGGAACUUGAGACUAAACAUCACUACACUUGUCACCUAAAACUGAAGCAAUCAAAGGUGUUUGAAUGUGUGUGCACUUCUUAUAUGUGAACUUCAGUUAAAGGUAACACGGUUUCUACAUGUUUGAAUAUAAUAGGGUUGUUGGCUUUUUGAUGAAAACUGAUUUUUUAUUUUUCAUUCGAGUGUAUUUUUGUUGUAUAUUUUAUUGUCAAUUUUAUUUGAAAUUCAUUAAAUGUAUAGUUUAAAUUUUAUUUUUUAGUUGAAAUGGGACUAUGGAUAGCAGCAGCUGAAUGUGCGGUGGAUGGUACCAGAAUACUAAAAAUUUAAAGUGCAACUGGUAUAUCCAAAUGGAGACUUAGUUUUUUACUUUUGCACCUCUUCUCUUAUUCAAAACACUGUGACUCGUGGUUUUUUUUUCCUUUUUGAAAAGUUCUUUUCCUCUGAACUGUCUGUAGAUUCUACUUCUGUCUUAAAUAUGUUGUCCUUUCCCAAGUUAUUUUGAAUUUGAGAAUAAAAUGGACACCAUGAUCUGUAGCUGUUGUACAUUCCCAGAUUGUUACUUUGCCUUCCGUAUAUCAUGUGCACUUCAGACCAAAAGAAGUUUUGAUUGUGUUCCAGGAGGUUUUGUAAAAAUCUGAUCAUGAUUAGUCCCCAGUAAAGAUCAAACACCCUGGCUCACUCUUUAGUUCAUACUUGUAAUCAAUUGUAUGUAAUAUUCACUAACAAACUAUAGAGAGUCAUGCUAAUAAUCAUUAAAGUUCCAUGAGAGACAAACUUGUAUAAUACCAUUCUUGGCAAUGUACUUAAGUGUUAAUGUUAGAGCAUAUUCUGUUCUGUGAGGCACCCAAACUGCACUCUCAUGACACCCACAGUGAUAACUUUGCUGUCUCCACAGCUGUAUUCAAUGUUUAAGUUCACUAAUUCAUAGAAAACUCAGAUGUUUCUGGGUGAGCUGUUGCAGUAUAGAGAUGACUCUGGAUCUGAAUUUCUUUUUCUUGCUACAAACAAGAAUAAAAUUGAAAAUAAAUCAAUUGUCU